UGCAGUCUUGAUGGAGAAACGAGAUCGCACGGCGUUGGCGGUGAUGGCGGAGCGCGUGGCGCAGCGGAAUCGACGCGAGACGGAUGGAUUCAGUGCGUUGAUAGGGUCGUACCAGCAGAUCAUGUCUCAACUGCAUUACCUGUCCACGCAAAACCAACGGAUGCACACCGCCGACAUUAUGGGCACCACCGACAAGACGAUCCAAAUGAAGGACGAACAGCUCAUGCAACUACAGAAGCGCAUUUACGACAUGGAAGGAGUGGGGAAGGGUAUGGAGAAGGAGAUGCACGGCUUACGGGAAGAAUUGAAUCGGCAGCGCCUUCGGGCAGAACUUGCCGAGCAGGAAGCAGAAGACUUUCGUCGGCGUGUGCGCGAUCUCGAGCAUCAACUCAUUGAAAAGAGCAAGAUGAUGAUGCAGGAACUCAUGCUGGACCCGUCCAACCAUCCUUCGCUGGACAACACGUCCAACAACACCACGAAUACGCGCCAUCCCCCAACGUCGCUCGUGUCAUCCUCUUCCGCCGCCGACGUGACCAUGCUCCAACACGGCAAGUGCAUCCGAGCCCACGCUACCGAAGUCAACUCGGUGUGCUUUAGCGGCAGUGGCAAGGUGGCGUUCACAGCCAGCAGCGACGGCACCGUGCGCGCGUGGGACUCGUUCACGUGCCAGGCCAAAGCAGAUUACCGCGGCCUCGGCAUGUCCCAGCCGCUCAUUUGCGUCCGCGUGUCCGAGGACGGCGAGCUCGUGCUAGGCACAGGGUGCGACCGCAUCUGUCAAGUAUGGCGCGUGGGCACGGGUCGCAUUGCACAUACGCUGCUCGGCCACAAGGUAUGGCAAUACGAUAUCAAAAACCAUAUAUAUAUUUAAAUUGAUACAUACAUAUAUUUAAAUUGAUAUAUAUAUAUAUAUAGAUUG